AUGAACAAGCUCAAGGUCAUCGGGUUCAAUGACCCGAAGUACUGGCGCAGCUUCCGAGCUGCCCUAUCUGAAGUCUGGCAAUCGAGUGAAAGCGGAGAAUACAGGAUACGGAUCGCCGACCGCCAGCGCACAAUGACUCUUUUGCUGUGCGCACUGUCGCUAGAAACCCGAGUAUUCGAGAAGGAAGUCCAGGUGCUGACCAAACUCAACUACAUGGACCGACCAACCCGGCAUGAAAAGAUAACCGACACCCAUUUCACAACCUCCAAGUGGAGCUUGGCAAAAAUAGAGCAGACAGAGGCCAAGUACGGCAAGUUGAGGCACUGGCUCAGGGAUGAUAACACACUCUUUGGGGUCUCUGAAAAGCCCGGAUCUGGAAAUUCGACCUUUGCGACAUGCAUCGCGAACAGUGAAGAGACAAAGAAGUGCCUGGAGACGUGGGCCGGAACGCGGGACCUCUUUGUUGUCGGCCACUAUUUCACCAUCUACGGAGUGCCGAUUCAACAGUCACUGGAAGCUCUGUUGCGUUCCCUUCUAUUCGGCAUAUCAGCCCAGAAACCCGCACUUAUCCCAAAACUUAUGCCAGACCUUUGGGAGCGGUCUUGA